AUGCGGGUCAUGGGCCUGGAUGACUCACUUACGCCGGAGGAUGUCGCCGCCGCCAUUGCGCGUGAUGGCGAGUGCGUGGCCGGGGACGUCAAGGUCGGGCCCAUCAGAAGGAGCAGCCCCAAAGCCUUGGGGUCUUGCUGGGUCCGCGGCCCUAUGGCGGCCGUAAAAAAGGUCACGGCGGAGGGUCACAUGCGGCUAGGAUGGGUGUCCGCGAAGGUGGAGCUGCUGCGGCAACGUCCGCUGCGGUGCUUCCGAUGCCUACAAAGUGGGCAUGUCAGGGCGCAAUGCACACAGGAGGAAGACCGCAGCGGGCUUUGUUACCGAUGCGGAGAGGCGGGCCACAAAGUCGCAGCGUGCGCCGCAGCCCCCAGAUGCGCAGUAUGUGCGUCCCAGGGGCGGCCGGCGGACCAUUGGGUGGGGAGCAAGAAGUGCACCCCGCCCAAAAGGAAGGGAGGAAACGGCCCGCCUCACAGGUCCCAGGCCGUAGGAGUGGAGCAGAGGAGGGGAUGGACACCUCCCCUCCCAGCGAACAAGGAGGCAGGAGCGGCCCAAGCCGCUCCUAGAUCGCUACCGGGCCGGGCAUUGGGGAAUGGAACUAAAAGAUAUGGAAAAAUUAAGGAUAUUGGUUAUGAUAGGAACAAGAAUGUCUAA